UCAUUCAUAUAAUUGCUUUUGCGAAUCGAAAAUUAAUAUCGAUGUUCACUCAAGUCGUAAUUCGGAUUUAAUAUCGAAAGAAUACUUAGUUUUAAAUGAAAAAUGUUAUUUUUAAUAUUGUUUAUGACAGCAAUUGUUUCAUAUUUGUGGACUAAACGUAUAGCUAGGAGUAAUGAAGAGCCACCAAUCCUUCCAGGCGCUUUACCGUUCUUUGGACAUGCACAUAAGAUGUUUGGAGAUAGCAAAGGUUUUUGGAAGAUGUUCGAACGAGAAACCCAAAAGGCCAUGUCUAUUGCAAACACUACUACUUUUUUAACGUUCGGAACUAAAUAUUAUGUCUUACUGGACCCGGAUGACUGUUUGACAGUUGGCAAUGCUUGUUUAGAGAAAGACAAGUUUUAUACUGUCGCACGCUCCUGCUUCGGUGACGGAUUAGUAACUGCCUCUACCGAAACUUGGAAAGAACAUAGAAAGCUGUUAAACCCAAAAUUUAAUCUGAAUUAUUUGCUGAGUUUUUUAGAAGUAUUCAAUAAACAAGCAAGGGAUUUAGUAAAAGAAUUCGAACCUCAUAUAGACAAUGGAGAAUUUGAUCAUGGAUAUUUCAUAAGACAUAAUGAAAUGAGAACGAUUUGUUUAACAUCAAUCGGCUUAGAUUUUAACAACGACAAAGAAACUUUGGACGAAUAUGAGAAUGCUUUUCUCACAAUCUUAAACACUUACAUUAAACAAGGGCUAAAUUUGUGGCUGCACUUUAAAUUCUUCUGGAUACGAAGCAGACUGAGGAUAAUCCGAAAGACCAAUCGAGAUAUAAUGCACAGAAUAAUAGACAAAAUUGUAGAAAGAAAGAAUUAUGUUUAUAACAAGAUCAAUAGCAAUAGUGAUGAAGCUGGCAAUUUUAAACCAUUCCUCGACGUGCUAUUCGAUGUCAAGAAUACAGUUGGAGAUGAAGUGAUGAAUGACAAAUUUAUCAGAGAUCAUGUGAAUACGCUAAUUUUCGCUGGACAUGAUACUAUCACACUUGUCAUGCAAGUCGUGAUGAUAGUGAUAGGUUCUUACCCCGCAGUGCAAGACAAACUUUAUUCUGAACUUCAAGAAGUAUUUGGUGGUUCUGAUAGAGAUGUGGAAAAAGAUGAUUUGACAAAAUUAUUUUAUAUGGAUGCGGUUUUGAAGGAGACGAUGCGACUUUAUCCGAUAGUGCCUUUUUUAGGACGUUAUGUACAUCGUGAUAUAAAACUCAAAAAUUUCACCCUUAAAGGUGGUCAUCCGUGUUUCUUCAACGUGUACGCGGUUAACAGGCAUCCGAUGUGGGGCCGCGACGCGGAGCACUUUAAGCCGGAACGGUGGCUAGAUGGAAGCACGUUGCCUAGCAACCCCAACGCAUUCAUGGCUUUUAGUAUCGGGAAAAGAAAUUGCCUCGGACGGACUUAUUCGAUGAUAUCAAUGAAGACUACGCUUGCACAUAUUCUACGGAGAUGUCGUAUUAAUGCGGAUUUAAAAAAAUUGGAAUUUAAAUUGGAAGUUCUGUUGACACCAGCUGCUGGUCACUAUAUAUCAAUAGAAAGACGAUAAAUUGUAUAAAAUUUUCUCAUAUUAAUAAAAAUAGUUUUGAAUAAAAAACA